AUAGCGCUCAGGGGGCCCUUUCUUGGGGAUGUCCAGUGUGGAAACACCCUGUCCUACACCAGUGGUUCCUGAUUCCGGCUCUGAAUCAGAUUCACUAGGGCAACUUUUUUUUUUUUUUUGAUAUGGAGUCUUGCUGUCGCCCAGGCUAGAAUGCAGUGGCGCGAUCUCGACUCACUACAACCUCCGUCUCCCGGAUUCAAGAGAUUCUCCUGCCUCAGCCUCCGAGUAGCUGGGAUUACAGGCAGGCACCACCAUGCCUGGCUAAUUUUUUUGUAUUUUUUAGUAGAGACAGGAUUUUGCCAUAUUGGCCAGGCUGGUCUCGAACUCCUGACCUUAUGAUCCGCCCGCCUUGGGCUCCCAGUUUGCUUUGGUUACUGGCGUGAGCCACUGCACCCGGCCUAGGGCAGCUUUUUAUAAGCACAGAUGCCCAGGCCUUAUUAUUGAAGAUUCCAAUUCAGUAGAUCUGGGUUGAGGACCAAGCAUCUGCAUGUUUUAAGAAGCCACAGGUUAUUUUUGAGGUGUAGCAAGGAUUGAAAGAACAGAAAACUUGGAUUUGGAAAACUAGUUGUGACUUUAGGAAAACUAGUUGUGACUUUAGGCAGUGAGUCAGUUUUUCCUAAUGCACACAUUGGGGAAUUCUUUAGGAAUGCUGUGAGAAGCAAAUAAUACAUGGAGAGAGUGCUUUAUACAGCGAUACACUGCACAGACACACUUGCCUUCAACAUCAGCUGCCAGCCUAGAUUUUCAAAAUGGCUGCAGCUCCUCAAGCACCGGGGCGGGGAUCUCUCCGUAAGACGAGACCUCUGGUUGUGAAGACGUCCUUGAACAACCCAUACAUCAUCCGCUGGAGCGCUCUGGAGAGCGAGGAUAUGCACUUCAUCCUACACACGCUUGAGGACAGGCUUAAAGCUAUUGGACUUCAGAAGAUUGAAGAUAAGAAGAAAAAGAACAAAACACCUUUUCUGAAAAAAGAAAGCAGAGAGAAAUGCAGCAUUGCUGUUGAUAUUAGUGAGAAUCUGAAGGAGAAGAAAACAGAUGGUAAGCAGCAAGUGUCAGGGUGGACGCCUGCACACGUCAGGAAGCAGCUUGCCAUUGGCGUUAACGAAGUUACCAGAGCCCUGGAAAGGAGUGAACUGCUGUUAGUUCUGGUGUGUAAAUCAGUCAAGCCUGCCAUGAUCACCUCACACUUGAUUCAGUUAAGCCUAAGCAGAAGUGUCCCUGCCUGUCAGGUCCCCCGGCUCAGUGAGAGAAUCGCCCCCGUCAUUGGCUUAAAAUGUGUUCUAGCCUUGGGGUUCAAAAAGAACACCACUGACUUUGUGGACGAAGUAAGAGCCAUCAUCCCCAGAGUCCCCAGUUUAAGUGUACCAUGGCUUCAAGAUAGAAUUGAAGAUUCUGGGGAAAAUUUAGAGACUGAACCUCUGGAAAGCCAAGACAGAGAGCUUUUGGACACUUCAUUUGAAGAUCUGUCAAAACCUAAGAGAAAGCUUGCUGACGGUCGGCAGGCUUCUGUAACAUUACAACCCCUUAAAAUAAAGAAACUGAUUCCAAACCCUAAUAAGAUAAGGAAACCACCCAAAAGUAAAAAAGCUACUCCAAAGUAAUCUUGCAUAAACUUGUCAUGUCAUACAGUUUGUGAAAGGACACCUUGUAAAGAAGCCUUGAAACUAAUAAAAUGAGUUAUACUUACAUAGA